CCAGGCUCCUGCCGCGGCCGGCUGCGGGAGGGGGCAACUCUCCAAACCCGCCCCUGCGCGCGGACACUCCGCGGCGCUCCCGGAUUCCCAGCCCUGUGACAGCCCGUUGCCCCGGGGACGGCGCAGAGAGGUGGGAGGGACUGGCGCGCCGAGCUGAGCUGGACUCCAGAGGGGUCCCACUCUUUUUUCUUUCACUGGAAAAGAGGUCCACGAGGGCUCCAGACAGAGGAGCCAAAGCGUGGGCUGCGGCCCAAAGAGGGACAGGGUGGGGCGACCUGGACCCCGCUCUGUCCUCCCAGGGCACGCGGCGACCCCUUCCACGCCCCCACCCGCCCGGUCCACACCGAGCCCCCGGCCGCGCGCGUGUGUCCCCUGCCGGGAAACCAAGAUCCCGCGCGCCGCGCGCCAUGGAAGCAGCUAACCUCACGGUGGCCGCCACCGGCGUCUCCCUGCCCCUGGGAUCCGAGGCCAGCAGCUUCAGCCCAAGCCCCGGCGGGGUCAUUGGGUCGACCCCAGGCGGGGCCGCCCUGCCCGGCCGCGAGCCGCCUUUCUCCGUCUUCACGGUGCUGGUGGUGACGCUGCUGGUGCUGCUGAUCGCGGCCACUUUCCUGUGGAACCUGCUGGUUCUGGUCACCAUCCUGCGCGUCCGCGCCUUCCAUCGUGUGCCUCAUAACUUGGUGGCCUCGACGGCCGUGUCGGACGUACUCGUGGCCGCGCUGGUGAUGCCCCUGAGCCUGGUGAGCGAGCUGUCGGCCGGGCGACGUUGGCUGCUGGGCCGGAGCCUGUGCCACGUGUGGAUCUCCUUCGACGUGCUGUGCUGCACCGCCAGCAUCUGGAACGUGGCGGCCAUCGCCCUGGACCGCUACUGGACCAUCACUCGCCACCUUCAGUACACGCUGCGCACCCGCCGCCGCGCCUCCGCGCUCAUGAUCGCGCUCACCUGGGCGCUCUCGGCGCUCAUCGCCCUGGCCCCGCUGCUCUUUGGCUGGGGCGAGGCGUACGACCCACGGCGCCAGCGCUGCCAGGUGAGCCAGGAACCCUCCUACGCCGUCUUCUCCACCUGCGGUGCCUUCUACCUGCCGCUUGGCGUGGUGCUCUUCGUCUACUGGAAGAUCUACAAGGCGGCCAAGUUCCGUUUCGGCCGCCGCCGCAGGGCUGUGCUGCCGCUGCCGGCCAAGGUGCAGGUGAAGGAGGCUCCUCACGAGGCUGAGAUGGUGUUCACGGCGCGUCGUCGCCCGGUGGUGGCCUUUCAGAUGAGCGGGGACUCGUGGCGGGAGCAGAAGGAGAAGCGGGCGGCCGUGAUGGUGGGCAUUCUCAUUGGCGUGUUUGUGCUGUGCUGGAUCCCCUUCUUCCUGGCGGAGCUCAUCAGCCCCCUCUGUGCCUGCAGCCUGCCCCCCAUUUGGAAAAGCAUAUUCUUGUGGCUCGGCUACUCCAAUUCCUUCUUCAACCCCCUGAUCUACACGGCAUUUAACAAGAACUACAACAACGCCUUCAAGAGUCUCUUCAGCAGGCAGAGAUGAACGCGGGGCCUGGAGAGAUGUGCAGGUGGGGGGCGUGGGCCGGUAGGCAGGAC